GCGAAGCAGCAGCUGCCUGGUCCGGCGCGGCCCUGCUCUGCCCGGGAAUCCGCGUGAGGGGAUUCGCGCGCCGCGCUGGUAGCCCAAGUAGAGAGCGCCAGGUGCCCCCCCCGCAACCCCUCUCAUUGACUCCCCACCACCCGGAGCCAUGAGCCAGAGGCAGGUCUUACAAGUUUUCGAGCAGUAUCAAAAAGCCCGAACGCAGUUUGUUCAAACGGUUGCUGAACUUGCUACUAGGCCACAGAAUAUCGAGACCCUCCAGAAUGCAGGUGUAAUGUCUUUGCUGAGGCCUCUUCUGUUGGAUGUGGUCCCAACUAUUCAACAGACUGCUGCUUUGGCUCUUGGGAGACUUGCCAAUUAUAACGAUGACCUGGCAGAGGCGGUUGUUAAGGGAGACAUUCUUCCACAGCUUGUAUAUUCAUUGGCUGAACAGAAUCGUUUCUACAAAAAAGCAGCUGCAUUUGUGUUAAGAGCCGUUGGUAAACAUUCUCCUCAGCUAGCUCAAGCGAUAGUUGAUUGUGGAGCAUUGGAUACACUUGUGAUUUGCUUGGAAGAUUUUGACCCUGGAGUAAAGGAAGCUGCAGCAUGGGCACUUGGGUAUAUUGCCAGACAUAAUGCAGAACUGUCACAAGCUGUGGUGGAUGCAGGAGCUGUUCCUCUUUUAGUACUCUGUAUCCAGGAGCCAGAAAUUGCUUUGAAAAGGAUUGCUGCCUCAGCCCUCAGUGAUAUUUCAAAGCAUUCUCCAGAGUUAGCCCAGACAGUAGUGGAUGUGGGGGCUAUUGCUCACUUAGCUCAGAUGAUCCUGAACCCUGAUGCUAAACUGAAGCGUCAGGUGCUUUCAGCUCUCAGCCAAAUAGCAAAGCAUUCUGUGGAUCUUGCUGAAAUGGGAGUUGAAGCAGAAAUUUUCCCAGUUGUACUCACAUGCUUGAAGGACUCAGAUGAAUAUGUCAAGAAAAAUGCUGCAACUUUAAUUAGAGAGAUAGCAAAGCACACGCCUGAGCUUUCACAACUUAUAGUCAAUGCAGGAGGAGUUGCUGCUGUGAUUGAUUGUAUUGGCAACUGCAAAGGAAAUGUCAGGCUGCCUGGCAUCAUGAUGCUUGGCUACGUAGCAGCUCAUUCUGAGAACCUGGCAAUGGCAGUGAUCAUCUCCAAGGGGGUGCCACAGCUGUCUAUCUGCUUGUCAGAGGAACGAGAAGAUCAUAUUAAGGCAGCGGCUGCUUGGGCCUUGGGACAGAUUGGAAGACAUACUCCAGAGCAUGCACGUGCUGUUGCUGUAACAAAUGUGUUACCACUGCUGCUUUCCCUGUAUAUGGAAACAGAAAGCUCAGAAGAUCUUCAAGUAAAAACUAAAAAGGCCCUAAAGAACAUCUUGCAGAAAUGCACAUAUCUGCCAGCACUUGAACCCUUGCUGCAUGAUGCACCUCCCAAUAUUCUGAAACACGUAGUUGGGCAGUUCAGUAAGGUCCUGCCGCAUGAUAGCAAAGCACGACGUCUCUUUGUAACAAGUGGUGGACUUAAAAAAGUUCAAGAGAUAAAAGCAGAGCCGGGGUCACUUCUUCAAGAGUACAUCAACACUAUUAACAAUUGUUACCCAGAGGAAAUAGUAAGGUAUUAUUCGCCUGGAUAUUCUGAUGCACUUCUGGAAAGAGUGGAAAAUUAUCAACCAGUUUUAUAAAUGCUUUGAUUUUUUCUGUUAAAAUAGUCUAUUUCUCAUAUGUGCUUUUCUGAUGAGCAUGAAAAUACAGUACAGUAUAGCCAGAAACUCUUGCUGAAUUCUGAAAUAUUUAUCUUUUUCCUAUCCCCUGAACUAUUAAUCACCAUUAUUAAUCCUUUGUCAGUUUGAAGAAAUAACCUUGAUUUUUUUGUGUGUUGUAGUGUUUGUGCAAGCUCACAUUGAGAACAAGGAUUCUCAGAUGUCAAGAGUUCAUGUUUCUCAAAAGUCACUCAUGCUGCAGAGUACUGAGCACUGCCUGGAUGUACUUGGGAGCCCUCUUCAGCUCCCACUGCACUCAAUGGAAGUUGAAGGAGCUCAGUGUCUCCAGCAAGUGGUAUUUUGUUCUGUAUAUAAUUAGUUUCUGAAGUUUUGCUCCUCUUUUUCUGAUUUUUUCUGCCUGAUCCUACAACUAGUUAUUACCUCAUGUUUCACUAAAACUCCAUAUGAGAGCAAGGAUUUGUGAUGGAGAAAGUCUUUGUCGAAUCAGUCCUUAUUCUUUAUUUCCUCGUGGAAAGCUAGUGGUUAUCUGACCGGGGCCCAGGCUUUGACUUUCCCAGUAUUGUAACUAUUUCCCUGUUUGUACCUUUAUAUAUAGGUUAGAGCUCCCCAGGUCUGAGAGAAUCCUAACUCUUUUGUUAUUAUGCAAUCAGUUUUCCUCUGAAACAUUUCCAACCCCUCCUUGAUGGAAAACAAGAGACUGACUUAUUAGGUAUGAUUUUGGUCUAUAGGGGCCAAAGUAGGUAUAAAAUAGACAAGCUGUCAGGGUCUGACAGUGAUAUGAGGACCAAAUCUUACCUUGGCUGGUGCAGUAUGGUGGACCAGGAAUCCUGGCCAGUGCAUCCUCUGCAGGAGUCCUGCUGCUCGAGGUAAGAUUUCUCAUGAUGGGAAGGGGCACACACUUCUCUGCCCUUCUGAUCAGGAAAGAGCGCGAGCAUCCAAACUGAGCUUUCUGUAUGUGCAUAGGGGCCAGAUCCUGUAAGGUCCUGUCAGAUUCAGAGCACAGUCAACUCUGAUUGUAAGUACGCAGCAUCUGGCAGGAAGUACUCAACAGCUCACAUAAUGGGCCCUCAGAACAAUGCCUGCAAAGUACUGAGCAUCUUUAGUGAAUUGAGGGCACUUUACUCCCAGUCACUUGAAUGGAACUUGAGGUUGCUCAGCAUUUGUCAGGAGACAAUUGGCACUCUGCAGAAUUGGGUCUAAACAGGUCGGGAGCCUAAAGAGAGUCCCUCAUCCAUAGAUCACGCCCACACAGGUAUGUUGCAGAUAUUAGCUGUUGUCUUGCUGGAGCACUGUGGCAAGAUUUUUCCCUCUUACAUGAUGUAAUAAGACUCUUAACUUCCUCUUAUCCCUCUUGGGUACCAGUGCAGCACAGGACAGGAUGUAGCCCUGAGUAGUCACUAGCUUACCUGGCAUAGUCAUUUGUCAUUCCCUUUGAACUACUGACCAUUUUUCUCCCUCUAGUAUGUAGCAUUUUCUUUCAAAGAAUAAUAAAAUUUUUGUUUUUGUAAUGGAGUGUUGAACUAUUCAGUGUGGGGAGAGAUGUUUGAAAACCCUGCAUUAAAGAGAACACUUUUGACAUACAAUAAAAUGUGUCAAAUUAAUUUUUCUACUUUUGUAAAAAAAUGUAAGUUUAUAAAACAGGAAUAGUCUUCUCUAUUAACUGUGUAUAACAGGAGCAAUGCUUCAAUGUAAUUGGAAAUGAUUUAGAGUGGGUACCUUGGCCAAAUACUUAAAUUUCUAUUUUCUUUUAUUCUUCUCAGCAUCAUUUUCAGCAGUUUACAAAAAUAUUGAUGAGUUAUCUUGACUAAAGGACUAAUUCUACAAAGGGCUGAGUCCCUGCUGCGAGAUGUGAGUGCUAUCAGCUUU